GUGACUAACAACUUGUCGGUCUCUCGGAAAAGUUCGGAAGAGUUCGGAACUCGGCAUAAGAAAGAGGUUAUUUCCCGGGUCUACGCGGUAAACAUAAGAUUAAAAUGGCUGCUAAAUUUUACCGUACCUGCAUACGACGCCAAAGUUUAUCAGUUCUUCUGUUUUGAUUUCAAUCAUCUUGUGGGUAAUUCGUUUAUCUUGGGUUGGUUUAAAAACAGCAAAACUGACCCGAUCGAACCACGUGGAAAGCACCUUGAACGAAAAGAAAUGGGAAACAAACAGAGUUCCAAAAGACGCGAAAGUCAGCUUGUACGCUCUAAUUUAGCAUCGUCCGUCAAUCCUGCGCUUCCACAAGGAGCUAUUGUCGCACUUACUGGCUGUUUAAACAGACUGCCUCUCGUCCUAAACAAAAGUGUUCGAGAAGAAGUGAUCAGACGAGUAGAGCUGAUGGAAACUGGUGAAGCUCCAGAAAUUCUUCUAAGUAAAGGCCAAGAGCCACCUGGAAUAUAUGUGUUGGUGUCGGGUAGUGUGACUGUUUUCAGUGAAAACAAGAAAUUUGCCCUGAGGGAAAUUCAAGUCGGUGACUGCUUUGGUGAAGUUUCGGCGCUAUUUAAUAUGAAUUGCACUGCUGAUGUGUGGUCAUCUAACAGGUUGGUAUUGAUACAAAACCAUCUCAACAUCCAGAUCUCAGUCUUAAUUCUUCUCGCUGUCAGACAUAAAUUUCGCACAAUUUAAGCUCUGAGAAUUUUCUGCAUAUCAUUCAAUAACCCCUAAUUUAUAAUUCUGUUUAUUUCCACUAUGUGUCCUCUUAAUAGUUUAUUGGUAUAAUUUUGAGAAGAAAUCACUCAUUGGUCAGUUCGUGGGUGAAAGGGUUAACUUUUGGAAAUGCCAUGGAAAUAAAUUGCAUCUUCAUAACAUUUUUUUGGGUUGAAACUGCCAGGUGCAUGUUGUUGCUUCUGAAGACCUCUGAUGCCCGUCGGCUUCUCACAUUUCCCAGUGAGGUGACGCUACUGCAGUGGUUUCAACAGAGGUUGGUGGAGGUUAUGUUUAAAUAAUCACUCAGUUAAACCAGCUUUGUUUUUAUUCCUCAAGCUUGUUUUCAAAGUUGCACUCUUAGGAAUUUCAGUCUGUUCCUCUUAAAUUGUUCAAUAAUGUGUAAAGAUGAUGGCUUUUGAAAGGAAUUUUUUAAUGUUAUAGGAGAUACCUGGACACUAGUAAGCUGUUUAACAACCACCAACUGUCAAGGGAAAUUGCAGUAGAUGUAUUGCAAAAGGUUUGAUUAUCUUGCACUACUAUAUAAUGAUAUAAGGACUGAGUGGAGUCCAAUUUGGUCUGUAAUCGUUUAAGUGAUUUACAAAAUUGGACAACUGCAAAGUGGGAGUCCAAUUUGUUAAUCACGAGUAUGAUACAGACAGAAUUGGAUGACAUGAAGUCCUGUUACCAAUUAAUUAAAACUAUGGCAAAAUUUGAGAAAGAAACUAGACAUCGGUUGUACUUUUUCAUAAAAAAAAAACAACAAAAACAGUUAACUCAGUGAAAUGCAAGACAACAGGGCACGCACAGUACGUUCUAUCCACUUACACAGGCAUAACUGUCCUAUUACACUGUCCAAUUACAAGCGCGAUGUGUACACUGUCCUAUUAGUGCUUAAAUCAGGCUGGUGAUAACAAAUCACAUUUGAAAAUUUUGUGAUAGUUUUGACUAAUAUAGAUAUCAAUAAUGUAAAUAGGCCACCACAAAGAGUUCCAUGAGCAGAACUUUUGAGUAUUAGCCCUUUUUUCACUUGCUCUGGCGAAAGGCUUUGGAAACCCCUCCUGGUGGCCAAUUUAUAAUGAUAAUAGGCUCGGGUGGAGUCCAAUUCAGUCUGUAGUCAUAAGAGUGAUUAACAAAAUUGGACAACCAUGAAGGGGGAGUCCAAUUUGUCAAUCACAAGGUUGAUUACAGACAGAAUUGGACAACAAGAAGUCCUGUGAACCAAUUAAUCACAAUCAUUACAAUUUUCAAAAACAACAAAUUCAUUUAGGUCAAAUAUCUCUGGUAGAGACAAUGUCUAAAGUAAAAAAAUUUCUCCAUUUUGGAAAUUCCACCAUUUUUUUUAGGAUAAGUGGUUGUAUAAUUGGCUACUUCAGCCAUCCAGUUACAGCCAACUGUCUGGUUACACUGUGUGCUUACAGCUCUACAGAAUGAUUAGUGAAAAAUAAAGCAGCUUAUGCACCAAUCACGUUUGAAGAGAUUGUAAUGGUUAUGAUUAACAUUAUAAACUUAUACCCCACUGAUGCAACACCACAGUUUCUUCAGAAACUUACCCUCAUUUAUAUAGGUGUAUUUAGUCUGAUACACUGAUUAAGUCAGGCAAAAUAUAUAUAUAUAAAGUGCAAUUAUGCAUUACUGUUCUGUACUGCUGUUUAUGAUUUAUUUGUAUUUGCUGUUUUUUUUUGGUUUUUUAGUCUCCUAUACUUCAUGGCUGGGGAAAAGAAUCUUUGAAAGCUGUAGUUAAAACUGUAAAGCCAGGUCAGUUAAAAGAAAACAUGUGUGAAAGUCUCCUGAUUUGGAGAAGAAUGCUGUUCUAAAUCAAACCAAACUAAAGCUAAAAAUAGAGAAUAAAGAUGGAAGUGGUUGGUAUUUAAAUUCUUAGAAGGAGUCAACAAAGAAAUGCAUGGUCUUCAGUUUGGAGAAUUAAAUUUCAGAUCUAGGGAUGAGGGAUUGAACUGGUAUUGUUCUAGGGAAUUCUGAGGUCUAUUCUUCUGCUGUAUUAAUAGUCUAAUGUUCAGCUUGAUUCAGUCCAUUGGAAAUUUAAAAAGUUUUUUUUUCAUUUAUUUGAUGACUUGUUUGUUGUAAUUGAUUCCUGUGCUUUGUUAUUUUAUACAAGUGUUAUUCUUGCAGCGGUUAUUGUGUUGUAUCCUCCCAACAGCAUUAUUUUCAAAGAAGGCUGGAAAGGACAGGAAAUGUUUGUUCUAGUGCAUGGGCGGUAAGUAUGUUGCAUUUUAUUUACAGGCCAUUAUAUAACCAAGUAGGAAGUGCAGAGAACUUUUAUGACAAGAGGCCUGGGUUCAAGAGCCAGCAAGGUCUUUGUGUUGUUUUCUUGAAUAAGACACUUUAUUUGCACAAUGACUCUCUUCUUGAGGGAGUUCUGACGAAGUACUGACUGUGAUGGACUGGUGUCCCAUCCAGGGGUGUUCAAGUGGCAAUUACUUGCAGCUAAUUUAUGCUACCAAAACUUGGAUAAGCUGGGAUAAGUUUUCCUCCUAAUUUUUCAUAGUUAUGUUCUCUUUAUGAGUAUGAACCCUUCCAUUUUUGAAAGUUGAAGCUGUUUACCAAUAAUCUGUGAUCAAAAUUAAUGGAUGAUUAUAAAAAUUAUAUUACUACUGUUCUGCAUUUAGGGUAAACUUCUCCAAAAAUAACCAGGAUGUUGCCACAUUUGAUGCUGGAGAAAGAGGAUUUUCCUUUGGAGAGGAAGGUAUAUUAGUGAUAAUGAGACACACUCAAACAAUACCUCUCUUUCUCUUUUUUAUUCAGUGGAAAAGUGUUUUGUAAGUGAUUUGUAAUGGUGCAAGAUAAAACUAUGUUUAGAAUUUAAAUCAUAACUUAGUUGUAACACAACUUUAUACGUCAUAAAUUUAUCAUAGUUCAUUAAUUCCCCCCUCAGGGUUCUUCACUGGUACAGAGAGAAGAUCUACUGUAAGGUAGGCAAAAUGUGCGCUUUUCAUAGCUCUUAGUUAAAGAAAAAUGAAGGAAUUGUUGGCAAGUAUGUUCUUCCCAUACUUUGUCAAAAUUGAAUUUUGGCUUUCUCCUAAAUCCCAGGGCCCAUUUGUUUGAAGGCUAAUUAGCGCUAACCCAAGAUUAAAUUUUAAUCUGAGUUUCUUCAUUCCUAUAUUCAAAAGCAUUUUUGGAAUAAUUUCUUGUGUUCCUUUUAGAGCAUCAAAUAGUCAUAUUCUAGGCAAAAAGAAUUUGUCUGAAUUUUUUUUUAAAGCUAUCAGAUCUGAAAUCAGAUUUCGCACUAACCCUGGGUUAUCUUAACCCAGUUUUGAACAAGCCGGCCCAGUUCUGCAAAUAAUCUUCCAACAGGAAUAAGUUAAAAACCCUGGUUUGUUGUUUGACUUCCUCCUAAGACAAUUACAGUGAAUAGCAAUACAUGUCUCAAUUUCAUUAUAGUAAGGGGCUUGAUAUUGAUCUGUACAUAACAGAAAUUCACUCCUUGUAAAUUAUUUUCACAGGGCAGCUGGGCCAUGCCAGAUUAUUCUCCUUCGUGAGGAAAACUUCCAUGAUGCCAUUAAACAGGUUUAUUUUUUUUUAUCAUUGAAUUACAGGUAGUUUCUUAGAGGUCACUUAAAAUUACAAAUUCAAGUUGAAUUUUUUUUUCCACAGUUCUCAGCGGAGGCAACAUUACUCCAAGAGCUUAGUGUGAAAUGGAAACAACAUGUAAACCAGAGAGAUAGCACACUGUAUUCAAAGUACAUGGGAGCAUUAGAUCUGGAGGUUUGAUUUGUCUUGUGGAUGUUUGAUACUAGUAUCUGUAUAUAACUUUUGUCUCUUUCUCCCAGUCUGUAGCCUCCCAAACACAGGUAAUUGUUAAUACUGUUCCUCAGGCGAGAGGAGAUAAGUGCAAGGGGCAAGGUCUUUGUCUCCACUCCUUGAGGGGUCUUUCCUUUCACAUAUACCCUAACCAAGAAAAGCCUUAAUGACCCAUGGUAUUGGAAUUGACCUAAAAACCUUCGUGAGCUUUGUUUUCAGAUUUCUUUAAAGAUUGAUCCCACAGUAUCAAAUCUAGAUGACUACCUACUAGGAAGGAAUUGAUUAAACCAGAUUAUCAAAAUCAUUGUCUUUCACCAAUAAAUUGCCACAACGUUUUUUUUUUCGAUAUAAAUGAAAAAAUUAAAUCAUUUUCUUUUCUCUUCAGAUAUUGAGAAUGACCUUAAAACAGGUAAAUGAUAACUUCAAAUUAGAGAGAAGUACUUUUACGUGUAUAGUUUUAUUGCAGUCCAAAGUCACAAAAUAUCUUUUCCAACUUCCUGUACAUAAAUAAAAUAAGGAACAGCACUUAGCUGUUAAUAGCAGAUCAUAAGAUCUUUGUAACGAAAGCCCAGAGCCAUAGAUUUCUGUUCGAAUUUAGCAAUGCAGAAUGACUGAUGUUCAGCUCUCUCAUCUGUCACUGAUUUGCCAAAGGUUCAAUGCCUAGGUAGAUUCUCAUGUGGGUUGAGAUUGUUGUUGGUUGUAGCCCUUGUUGGAACUCUCCUUGCUGCGGUCCAGGUAUUUUCCUCUCUCUACAAAAACCAACACCCCAUGACCAAAAUGCAAUUAUAUAUACCAUAUUUCCUUUAGCAAGCGCCUGGGUGCUUAUUUAAAUCUUCGGCUAAAAGGAUAGGAGCUCGCUGGAAGUGAGGGGAAUGCAUCUUAGAAACUACUAACCUGAACUGAUUCCGCUUAUUCUCUCCACAGACAGAAGAGUUCAAAACAUGCCCGGCAGGAUUCCUUUACAUUCUUGCGUUAUCCAUGACGAUUAAAGAAGUUCCAGCUGGCGAGAUUGUUCUUACGGAGAGAGAGUACCAAGAUGGCAAGUGCGCUUUAGUAUCAAUGCAGUUUGAUGAUUUAUAUUAAACUAAGACCGGAUAUACGGUUGAUUUUGAUGAUCCUAAAGGUGCUGCCGAGUUUUGAGUAUUCUCUUACUACGAAAACUUGGUUGAUUUCAAUAGGACAGGCAGGAAAUUUACGAUGUUUUAAAACGCACGUGCAGGGCGCUUGUUAUGCUCAUUAGACUUUUCGUUUCAUCAAGUUCUCUUUUCCCUCUCUGUUGUGGUUUGAGUGAGGUAUCCAGAGUUAGGAUAAGCAAGGAGCGCCAAAGAAACCACACAUCUAUCACUGACAUAACUUGGUCUUUGCCUUUUUAACGUUCACUUUUUAGAUUGGAAAAUGCUGUGAUAUCACAGCAAUAUUGGCUCGACUUUUUUUUCUUCGUUUUCUUUAGGUAGCACGUUAUUUGUUGUUCUUCAAGGAAGUUCAGUUGUAAUGGAUGGUGACACGUCAACCUCUCACUCGGUGGAACUCAAACAAGUCUUUUGUAAGUGUAUG